AUGGCGCUCCUGCCCCACACGCAGCCCUGGGGCGGCAGAGCCUCUCCUCAGUACUCCUCUGCCCGGGCCUCCAGCGUUGAAGAAGCAGAGAGACCAGAGGAAGAAAAAGCUAGUGCUCCACCCCCACCUGGAAAUGAAGAGGAAGCUGCUGAAAAUGGCGUUGUGAAAACGAAGGUGGCAGAGGCUGAGGAUGACAGUGAUAGUGAUAGCGAUGAUGAUGAAGAUGAUGUUCAAGUCACCAUAGGGGAUAUUAAAACAGGAGCUCCACAAUAUAGUUACGGAGCAGCACCUGUGAAUCUCAAUAUUAAGACAGGAGGACGAGCUUAUGGAUCUUCUGGUGCAAAAGUUAAAGGGGUGGAUCUAGAUGCACCAGGCAGCAUUAAUGGUGUGCCCCUUCUGGAAGUAGAUUUAGAUUCUUUUGAAGAUAAACCCUGGAGAAAACCAGGGGCUGAUCUCUCUGAUUACUUCAACUAUGGGUUCAAUGAAGAUACUUGGAAAGCUUACUGUGAAAAACAAAAGAGAAUACGAAUGGGUCUUGAAAUUUUACCAGUUACCUCAACCACAAAUAAAAUUACGGCUGAAGACAAUGCUAUGGAAGUAAGACCAAGUGCAGAGAUUCUCGAUGGCAGAUACCAUCUUUUUAAGGUACAGCAGGGCAGAACUGGAAAUUUGGAGAAAGAGUUGGCAGUGCAGUCGACCAAAGCUGAUUUCACAUCUCCUCCUGCCUUAUUCAAAUCAGGAAUUCCAACAAACAGAAGCAGCACCUCUUCUCAGUCACAGGUGCGCACUUCCUCCAGAAAAACCAGUUCAGGCAUCGGAAAGUGGUGGGAACAAUAUAGGAGGGACAAAUCACCUGAAUUAAUGCGAUUACCUGGCACAAUAGAUGUGAUUGGACAGACCAUUACUAUCAGCAGGGUGGAAGGACGACGGCGCGCUAAUGAAAACAGCAACAUACAGGUUCUUUCAGAACGAUCUAAUCCUGAAGUAGACAAUUUUACCAAGCCACCUCCAUUUUUCCCUCCAGGAGCUCCACCUACCCAUCUUCCACCACCUCCUUUCCUCCCACCCCCUCCAACUGUCAGUACUGCACCACCUCUGAUUCCCCCACCAGGUAUACCAAUAACAGUGCCACCACCAGGCUUUCCACCACCACCUGGCGGUCCUCCACCUUCCCUCAUACCCACAAUAGAAAGUGGACAUUCUUCUGGCUAUGAUGGUCGUUCUGUUCGUGCAUUUUCGUAUGGCAGUGUCACCUUUCCGCACCUUGCAGGUUCUGCUCCUUCAUGGUCUAGUCUUAUGGACACCAGCAAACAGUGGGAUUACUAUGCACGAAGAGAGAAGGACAGAGAACGUGAGAGAGAGCGGUCCCGAGAUCGGGAUCGCGACCGGGACCGAGACAGAGAUCGAGAACGUACCAGAGACCGGGAAAGGGACCGAGAUCACAGUCCAACUCCAAGUGUAUUCAACAGUGAUGAAGAACGAUACAGAUACAGAGACUAUGCAGAAAGAGGCUAUGACCGUCAUAGAACAAGUAGAGAGAAAGAAGACCGACACAGAGAAAGGAGACACAGAGAGAAGGAAGAGACUAGACACAAGUCAUCUCGAAGUAACAGCAGACGUCGUCAUGACAGUGAAGAAGGGGACAGCCACAGAAGGCACAAACACAAAAAAUCCAAAAGAAGCAAAGAAGGAAAAGAAGCCAGCAGUGAACCUGCUCCUGAACAGGAAAACACUGAAGCUGCCACUGUGGAAUAGGCUUGUGUGAUUUUUUUUGCCUACUUGCAUAUAUAUUAGUGCCAGAAAUAGAUUACUAUAAAUCUUGUUAUUUUUCUGGGUAUUAAAAUAAUUUGCUCUUAGUCUUGUUCUGUUAGUUUGAAAUCAAAGGUUACUUUGGUUUUUUUGAAAAUAAAAAAAAUGAUUUUUUCAUGUUAA